AUGAGUUCUGAGGAAGUCAUGCGCGAAGAAAAAUCUUCUCCAAAUUUGUCGGCUUCUGAGACGCGAAAAUCAGAAUUCCCGAACAGUAUUUCGGAUCACUUUUCUCGAGCAAAAGUUAGUGAAAGUUGGAAAGGCGAUCUUCAUUGUAUUGGAGGAGAGAGAGAAGGGUAUGACGGAGUCAUGCAAGGAGCUCUUGACUAUUUGUAUGUGGCCCAUCGAGGAAGACCCAACGAAGGAGUACAACCUGCUUUUCAGAGGAAGCCUGUGCCUCAAGUAUCCGCUGAAGAGGAAGAGAGCAAGGAGAGGGGUGACAUCGAGGGUCUUCGGAACUACCGCCAGUACGCUUAUUGUGCGUAUUACAAGCACUUCAAUUGGAUCAUAGAGCGAGCUGGAUUUUGUAGAAAAUUUGGCUGCGUGAAUCACAUCAAGGCUGUCACACCAAGGAAAAUUGUCGAGGUCUUCCGGAAGUAUCGCCUACCUCCUAACCCAUCCUUUGGUGACUAUAUAAAAGUUUGA